GCUAGUUUCAACUCCAAUUCCUCCCUGCAUCGAAGUUGCUAGCUCAUCGUCAUCAUGCCGCUCAGCGGUGGCAUUCUUGCCAUAUCAAUCGUUGCGACUAUCACGGCUGGCAUAGUGGCAGUCGUUUGCAUAGUCGCGAUAUACAUGUGCGCCAAAGUCGCCGUGAAGAUGUAUCUGCGAGGAAACGGCGGAGACAGUCGCGAUCGCGUGGCGUCCUUCACCGGCGAGCCCGGCAGCAGCGGCGGCGCCGGCGAGACCGACGACGUGGAGAUGGGGAGCAUGAGCUACUUCUUCGAGGACAUCCAGAAGGAGCGGCCGGUCCGGUUCAGCUCGCAGCAGCUGCGCGCCUUCACCCGGAACUACGCCCACAAGGUCGGCUCCGGCGGCUUCGGCGUGGUGUACAAGGGCCGGUUCCCGAACGGCGCGGCGGUGGCCGUGAAGGUGCUCAACAGCACGCUGGGCAAGCGCGCCGAGGAGCAGUUCAUGGCGGAGGUCGGCACCAUCGGCCGGACCUACCACAUCAACCUCGUCAGGCUCUACGGCUUCUGCUUCGACGCCGCGGUGAAGGCGCUCGUGUACGAGUACAUGGAGAACGGGUCGCUGGACGGGUACCUGUUCGACCCGCCGCCGGAGAGGAAGGUCGCGUUCGACAAGCUGCACGAGAUCGCCGUCGGGACGGCGAAGGCGCUGCGGUACCUGCACGAGGAGUGCGCGCAGCGGAUCAUCCACUACGACAUCAAGCCGGAGAACGUGCUCCUCGGCGCGGGGCUGGAGCCCAAGGUGUCCGACUUCGGGCUGGCGAGGCUGUGCGACAGGGAGGACACCCACCUGACCAUCACCGGCGCGCGGGGCACGCCCGGGUACGCGGCGCCGGAGCUCUGGAUGCCGCUCCCCGUGACGCACAAGUGCGACGUCUACAGCUACGGGAUGCUGAUGUUCGAGAUGCUCGGGAGGCGCCGGAACCUGGAGCUGGGGUUGCACGGCCGCGAGAGCCAGGAAUGGUACCCGAGGUGGGUGUGGCACCGGUUCGAGGCGGGGGACACGGACGCCGUGGUGGCGCGCGCCGCGGCGGUGACGGGGGACAGGAAGGAGAGGGAGAAGGCGGAGAGGGUGUGCAAGGUGGCGCUGUGGUGCGUGCAGUACCGGCCCGAGGACAGGCCGUCCAUGGGCAGCGUCGUGAGGAUGCUGGAAGGGGAGGACCAGAUCGUCGCGCCGUGCAACCCGUUCGCGCACCUGGCGCCCUAUAACUCCAGUGCGACGCAGCAGUCCGGGGACACCACUACCACCGCGGGCUCGUAUGGUUCUUCAGACCAUGUGCCUAGUGCCAGGUAGCUGCAAGCCUGCGAAAUGGUUUCCUGUCCUUGUUCUCGUCAGCUAGGAAUUAAUCGUGUAACGCCUGCGCCUUAACAAUGUAUAUGAUCGCAAAUUUAUUAUGAAAGCAUG